GAUUGUUUACACCGGAAGUUGACUUCAGAGUUUACUUUCAUUUUGACUCACACACCAAUUGACUGCAAUUACAACUCGAGCACACAAAUAAAACGAACUUCCUCCCUUGGACGUCUGUGCCAUGAGUGACACACAGCGGGUGCUGCCUCCAACGGCUCCACCAAGUUAUACAGAGUCUCAGUUCUCGCCUGCUCCGUCAGUCCCAACUCAUCAGCUGGCUCAAGCCCAGACUCCCUCCGAAGCCCCUCCCCCUUACACUCCACCUACCAAUCCCCCUUAUGCGGAGGCAAGUUCUGGAUAUCAGAGGUUUGAGCCUGUGGUGGUGAACCAGGUGGAGGUUUUGUCCAUUGUUCGACUGGGGCCUGAUCCUUGCCAGGUGAAGUGUCCAAGCUGUCAGCAGCAGGGGCUGACCAACAUCAGCUACAGGGCUGGUGUGCUCACCUUCCUCACUGCUGUGCUGUGCUUCUUGUUCUGCAUUGUGUGCACCUUCCUGCCAUUCUGCGUGUCUGACCUGCAGGACGUGGCUCACUACUGCCCUUACUGUGGUUACCACAUCGGUACCUACACACGCAUGUAGAGCCCAAGAUUAUAGAUACACUACACAACAUGCCUUGGGACUCCAGGCGGAGGAGCUGAAGGACAUUCCACCCUUGUCUCCUAUAUUAUAAGACCAAACUGCAUUAGGAUUGUCCAGAAUAAUUGGUCGCUUUUAAGGACAAGUGGGCUAUCCCGAAAAAUACUGUUUUGAGAAAAUCGAAGUUAAAGUUUU